UUUGCUUUGAAAAUGCCAGAAUCCUUCUUAAGCUUUCAGAAGCUGAAAGUGUAGUGAACUAGUUCAAAGAUGAAGCGCUGGGACUCACUGGGGUUUUUGAUUAUCACUCUCAACUACAAUGUUACGUUUGUAGGAAAGAUCUGGCUAACAUUAGUAAUCUUGCUGAGAAUGGCGGUGAUAGUGUUAGCGGGAUACCCCCUCUACGAAGAUGAACAAGAACGAUUCAUCUGCAAUACUUUGCAACCAGGAUGCUCUAAUGUGUGCUAUGACAUUUUCUCUCCUGUCUCUCACUUUCGAUUCUGGCUCAUUCAGACAGUGUCUGUUCUGCUACCUUAUGCUGUGUUCAAUGUUUAUGUUCUGCACAAAGUAGCCAUGCAUGUUGUGACAGCACAUUAUUUGCCAUGUAGAUAUGAAGGAAUCAAGGCAUUAGCUGGCCAUACAGCUUUGAAGGAACCAUGCAAAAAUGUUGCAGUCACUAGACCAUCCUGCAAGGCAGAUCUUCUGAAUAUUCCUGAUUUUUCUUGGGCAUAUACUGUGCAUCUUUUUCUAAGAACACUGGCAGAGGCUAGCUUUGGAGCUGGACAAUAUUAUCUCUUCGGGUUUUUUGUUCCUAAACGCUUUUCCUGUUACCAGUCUCCUUGUACCAGCAUGGUCGAUUGCUACAUCUCCAGGCCUACUGAGAAAUCCAUCAUGAUGAUUUUCAUUUGGGGGGUGAGUGGCCUCUCUUUUCUGCUUAGCCUUGUUGAUCUAGCCUUUGCCAUCCAAAGAAUGGCAGUAAGAAAUGGACAAAAUAAACCAAUGGAAGGUCUCCAUGCAGAGGAUGAGCACAGUUCAGUUCUGCCUCCAGCUGAGAAGCUGGAGGAUUCUCCACCAUCUCCAGAGGACAGAGGCCAUCAACAUCUAGUGACACAUGACAGUCAUACCAGUGAAGCGUCUUGCUCACUUCACUCUGAAGAUGAAGAAGAACUUCAGGGGGAAGAGAAGAUCAUGUCCCAGCAAACUGCCAUCUCUAACCUCAACAGUAACAGCAAUAAACCCUGUAUAGCAGAAAGCCUUGCUGCUAAUCAAGGCAGUAAUGAAGUGCCCCUAUGUAUAAGUGACCAGCAGCGUAUUCCAUACAGGCAGCUGAGACAUGGGCAACAGCAAACCUUCACCAAAGAGGCUUCCCUGACUUUGAGACCCCAAGUCAAGUCCCAUCUUGGGGUUUACUCUUCUGUAGAUCAGAACAAGCUUUUAGGGCAUUAUUCUUCAGUUGAGCUAAAAGCUUCUAUUGGGCAAUCAAGUUGUAGCAGUGCUAGCUACUUGAGAGCAAAAAAAUCAGAAUGGGUAUAAAGAGCCUUGACAGAGCAUUGUGUUUACUGUCCUGGAAUGACACAUUCCACACCAUCUAGUUUCAAAUGGAAACCUCGGUAUCGGUUAAAUUCCAUUUUUGUGCCUAUAAAAAUAUCAUUUUACAAACAGCCCCCUGGCUGAAUGAAGAGCAGGAAGCAGAACUUCUUGUGACUAUGACAGGAUUGUAUGGAAAUCUUUAAUAACACAUUGUGGCAGAUUUCAUUAAGAUCGUAACUUUUGCUGUUUGGAAUGUUUGAUGUUGAAUAUUAGGGAUCUUUCUAAACACGACCAUAGAUUUAUACUGAUGUGGCUUCUAACUUAUUCUUUUCAGAUAUAUAUUCAUUUCAUUAUUGUUGUAGUCAAGCAUAAUAUUUUUCUUUAUAUUAGUUGAGCUUGUUAGCUUUUCAUGUGUGAGGGUGAUGUGUUUUAUCAUUUCCUGGAUAGGAACCACAUUAAUUAUUAAACUGAUCAUAGAUAGAAAAGCAUUAAAUAUUUAGCUCUCUAGUCCCUGAAGUCUUUUUAAUGGGAUCUGUGUUGAUUACGCUGUAAUAUCACAAAAUAUUAGGACAAAGAAACCUUUUGUAAGUCAUUGUAUUUUAUCAGCUGUGAGAAGGAAUGCAGGGAACAAACAUGGGUUGAAUGUAUCUUGUAUAUCUCUCAAACUGAUACAUGGAUAGACAGGUGGAUAAAUAAUGCAGAUGCUGUGGCAGAACUCCAGAGCUUGCUUAUUUGUCUUUAUACCUAUCUAUUUUUAAAUGUCUAGAGUCUGUAGCAUAAAUCAGAAAGAGCCUGACUGUGUCUGAAAGGGAUAAUAAAGUUAAUAGUCCUUUUCCUCCUCCUGCUCAGUGGUUUGUAGUUACUAAACUUUGACCUACACUAAUAAUGCUAUCCCUUAAUUGCAGGUCAGGCUGCUGCCCAGUUUUUAGCCUCCUGCAAAUCCCCAUAGUGUGAGGCCAAUUCCGUAAAUACACAGUGGAUGUGGAGUUCACUGCAUGUUGAGAGCACUGGAACUUUCUGGCUGUGUGUGUGUGUAAUGUGAAUAUAAACUUCUGAAAACCGCCAAUACACUCUCAGGAAGAGCUACCUGACUCAAGCUUACUUCUGACGCAGUUGUGUUAAAAAACUCUAAUUGUUAUAGCUGCUCAGUGCUGGAGUAAACCACACCUCUAAGGUACCUGUAGCAUGCCAGGUGUACUGCAGCUCAGAGGCAAGCACUGAAGGUGCUUCAGUAGCUAGGCCUUGUAGGCGCUAGUCCUGGUGGGUCCCAUUAACCACUUAGACACUGGCUAAAGUGAAAGGGUAUUUGACUAGGGCUGGCAAGAAAAGGAAAAAGUUGCAAAUAUUCUAGGUACAGAGGCUUCAACAGUUCCAGUUCAAAGUGGGCAAUGGUGAUUCUUGGGCCCCUGGGGAAAUCAGUUCACAGUUAGGAGAACUCUCCAGGCCUAGUGUCUGGGGUGUUCUCUCCAGUUCAGUCUCUGUUCAAGCAAAUACAAACUUGCAGGUUUCCAAGCCAGAACCAAUUUGUACUGUCUCUUUCAUUGGGGCUCCUCUGUACUGGCUCCCUGCCCAGUUGCUACUGCUCCCCCAUUAUUCCCAGUCCCAUGGAGACCUGCAGCUAGCUGUAAUGUCUGGCUAUAACAUUCCACAUGCAGCUCUGUGUAGGGUUCCUGGGGGUUUAUCUCUGCAUUCAGCCUCUCUGAAGCUCCUAGCUCUCCAUGACACUGAUGCUUCCCAGCAGUGCCCACUCACUUCCUGGUCAGAAUUCUUCCUCCUACCUCACCAUGGGCCAGGAAUGUGCAGUUGCAAGGGGGUGAUUGGAUUGUAGUCCCCUGCUUAGCAAUGUAAAUAGGAUCUCAAUUAGCUCUCCUCUGACACCUAGUUUGGGAUGGGGAGAGACAUCAGGAGCAAACUGUAUUUACAUGAACACACCUAUCUGCAUAGGUAUCUAGCAGACAGGAGCUGUGUAGCUCCAAGUGAUCAGUUUUGGUUGGUAUUAGGUUAGAAAUCACUUUAGUACUGAAUGCAGGGGUAGUGAAAUGUUAUCAGUGUUAUCUUCAUUGUAUGAGUAAAGGGAAGCAGAACUGUGCUGAGCUUGCAGGACCGGCUCUAUGUAUUUUGCCACCCCAAGCACGGCAGUGAGACAGCCUUUGGCGGCAUGCCUGCAGGAGGUCCGCCGGUCCUGCGCCUUCGGUGUACCCACCACCGAAUUGCCGCCGAAGCUGCGAGACCGGCGGACCUCCCGCAGACAUGCUGCUGAAGGCAGCCUGACUGCUGCCAUCACAGCGACCAGCAGGCCGCCCCCUGCAGCUUGCCGCCCCAGGCACGCGCUUGGCGCGCUGGUGCCUGGAGCCGCCCUUGUGAGCUUGUCCUGAUUGAGGAGUCACCUUCAGCUGAAAGGAACUCGCUAAGCCAGGGGCUCAAAUGUCAGACCCCUGUGAAAGUAAGAGUAGUGGGGACAGGUGUCCUACCUAGGAGGUGUGGACUCUCCCUAAAGGUCCCUGGUCUGGUUUAACCUGUACUUCCCCACUGUUCAAAGAUAGAGCUAAAUAGGCUUCAUUAGGAACCUUUUGUUAUUUCAAGUACUCAAUAAGAACUGAAAUCACUUGUAGUGGGGCAGUGUUUCUGCUCAGUCUGCUGAGAGCUAAAUUCACUAAGAGACUGAUUUGCAGAAGUCACAGCAGAGAGGCAGAUGGCAGCAGAAGGUAACUGAUGGGCGCCUGAUGGAGCAGCCAGGCAACAAGGAACUGCGUCUGGCAGGGUGGACAGCUAAAGCAAGUGCUCAGACAGUGGAGUAAGCAAGGUGCUUUCUUCCCUAGGUGGGAGGUGAACUCACACAGAUGCAUCUCUGAACCCUGAGUCCUCACUGACCAAGGACAACCACUGUGAAUGGGGUAUGGUGAGGGAGCAGAGAGGAGUACAUUAAAGGAAUUUUUGGUUGUAGAACUGUAGAACAUGAGGCAGAAGGCACUGCCCCAUGCACUCUAGGGUGGGUGUCCUGCUCACAGUUUUAUGUUUAUGAAUCCUGCUUGUGGCAUUUACCCUAACUAAUGUCAGGUGACUUCCCUCCUUUCAUUAAAAGUUUCUUUGCUCAGACUCUGUGCUUGCAAGUGAGGAAGUAUUGCCUCUCAGAGGCACCCAGGGGUGGUGUGUAAUUUCCCCAGGUUACUGGGUGGAGGUUUGAGCUAGUUCUGUGCUGUAUUGUUGAAAAGGAACCCCUAGAUAUUGAACCUGGCCCUGGUUGCUGUUGGCUCCCCCUGGCAGAAAGGUUACAGCAGGCUCAUCAAAACCAUUCUAAAAACAAACAGUUUCAGUGAACAGGGUGGAAAUGUGGAAAGAUCAUAAAUUGUUCAUUAAAAACUCCAAGACCAUUGAUGAUUUUAGGUGUUUAUACUGCUCACAGCUGCAGUCACGUGCAUGGAUGGCUGGAAGCUGAUUAGAAGUGGUGAUUGAUGGAGUACAAACUAUGACAGAAACAAGAGCCAGCAAAGUAAAGCAGUUUAAAAAGGAGAAAAAAGUAUUCAACUAUAUUAGUGGGAGAAAGGGUACAGAAUAUCUUUUAUUGAUUUUUAGGAUCCCUGAAUAUUAAGGUCAGGUACUGAAGGAGUUCAAGUCCACUGAGAACAUUUCUACCCUUCCUAGGCUAUCUGGAGGUCAGAAAAUUAAACCAGACCCUGCUGUGACAAAUAUUGUAGGAACUUGGCUUAGAAAUAGAACAGUGAAAUAGCUAGAUCUACUGCUACUCUUGCCUUUGUGACUUAUUUCAGAGUGUCCCUUUAUGUUUGUAAGAACCUAGCACUGACCAAAUGCUAAGCUUUCUGCCUCUCCUUCAAAUCCCUUCUUAGGUUUUGCUAAAGAAGCAAGGUUUUCUAAAGAUGGUUCCAAACUAGAAUAUAGGAUAUGGUCCUCCUCAAGCUUUGGGGAAGUUUGGAUUUUGCACUCAGACAAUGCAAGAGAUCCAGGUCACAAGGGAAAUACCUCACCGGCAACAAAUUGAUAUUCUAGUUUACUUCAUGGUGUAGAACAGUAGCUGUAUUUGUUGCUCAUCGGUCAGUCCCACGUGCUAUAGAAUACGGGAAGCUUACUGUUGACUUAAGAUUGUAUGGUGACAAAUUGUUUUAUUUUUUCCUCCGGAAGCUCAACAUCUCCCCUUUUAUCCUAACAUUAGCUGGAGUUUACCUUCCCACGCCAGUUUAAUAGAAAAUUGCUACUGCCUAUUCUCUUAUGAGUGAGAUCAUACAUCAUUGGCUGGUAAAUGUGUAAUUACCCAUAGUAGCAGUUGUCCUCCGUCUCUCCAACUUCAGAGCUGGAAGUUAUUAAAAUUUGAGUUAACAGAUGUAUAGAGUUCCUUAAUGUAAUAUAGCAAACUAUUAAAAUUGUCUGCCCAUGUGUGAUAAUUAUUGCAAUGAUUAUCUGAUCAGAGAAAGGGGAUAUUAAAUUAUACAUUUAAAAUGAUUUUUA